AGAUUGACCAUGAUAAGUUCAAACAGUUGGAAGAAUUACUACUAGCUCUUGAUCUUCUCAAUCCAAUUCAUCCUUCCCUCACCCAUUUGUUGGAAUGUAAGAGGGCUUAACAACAAAACCUGGAUAAAAUUUUGUUAGAAGAUUGAUUAAAUAACAUAACUCUUAUCAAAGAUUCAAGAGAACAAUGUCAUGUGUUUGCGAUGCCGCUAGGGUUUCCUCGGCUGUGCCUGCCGACUCUGAUGCGACCGUGGUUGGCAAUCGUUCAUCGCCCUCUUUGACGGCCAAAGGGAAUAAGAUCCCUGCCGAUGCUGUUGCGGCUGUGGACGCUCGCUCGUCGCCUUCUUCGACGGCAAAUGAGAAUGUACUCAGUAGAUCUCAUGCUCGGACCUCUCCUACUACUAAGGGGGAUAAGGUUGUUAGGGCUUCCUCGGGUGCGACGGCUAGGGGAAAGUGUCCCAGUGUGGUCUUGGCGAAUGCUUCAAGGGACGCUAAUGCUGCAAAGAAGAUGCCUUCUUCUGAGCUUAGGCCUGUUCUGGUUUCAAAUCCCAUCUCCAUAACGUUGGAUGAAGAUAUUGAGAUGGAGAUAGAUCACAACUCCUCUAUUUUCUCCAAGCAUGCUCUGAUUUGUCGAUUCAAAGGCAUCUGGCCCAGUCUCCCAGAGCUACACGACUGGAUUCUGCAACAUUGGGAACCUCUUUUGGCGGGUACAAUUCAGGAUUUCAGGUGCUAGGAGGACGAAGGAACAAAUAAAACAAGCCAGACGCUAUCAACAAAUCCUAAAGGCAGAAAAGAAGAUACUAGAUCUAGAGGACCGACCAACCAUUGAUAGAUACAAGAGCCUAGUUCUCUCGUAUAGAGUAAAAUAUGAUUUACUUAACAUAGAGUGGAUGAUGAGAGAUCUUGCUAGGGCAUCACAAUCUGUUUUGCAGGUUCUAGAUCAUAAUUAACUUUUUAUUUUUAUUUUUUGUUUGGUCUGUUUGUGUAUCACACAUUCACCUAGAUAUAAUCACGCAAUCA